UCAUCCACCUCUUGUUUUAUUCACCUUAGUCUCUGUCAGGCAGAAUGACCCCAGAGAACUUUACCUGGGCCAGGAUUGCGCCUGCUGAAUUCAUCCUCCUAGGCAUCACUGAUCGCUGGGACCUUCGCAUUACCCUCUUCGUGAUCUUCUUGCCUAUUUAUCUGGUGAGCCUGCUAGGAAACAUGGGCAUGGUGCUGCUGAUCAGCGUGGAUGCCCGGCUCCACACACCUAUGUACUUCUUUCUGGCCAACCUCUCCCUGCUGGAUGCCUGCUAUUCCUCAGCCAUCGGCCCCAAGAUGCUCGUGGACCUGCUGCUGCCGCGCGCCACCAUCCCUUAUGCAGCCUGUGCCCUCCAGAUGUUUGUCUUUGCAGGGCUGGCUGAUGCCGAGUGCUGCUUGCUGGCCGCCAUGGCCUAUGACCGCUAUGUAGCCAUCGGAAACCCUCUUCUCUAUACAACAGCCAUGUCGCCGCGUCUAUGCCUAGCCUUGCUAGGAGCAUCAGGCCUGGGUGGAGCAGUCAGUGCUUUUGUCCACACAACGUUCACCUUCCGCCUAAGCUUCUGCCGCUCCCAUGAGGUCAAUAGCUUCUUCUGCGAUAUCCCUCCACUGUUGGCCAUCUCAUGCAAUGACACUAGUCUUAAUGAACUCCUUCUUUUUGCCGUCUGUGGCUUCAUCCAGACGGCCACGGUGUUGGCGAUUGUUGUGUCCUACGGCUUCAUUGCUGGGGCCGUAAUCCGCAUGCGCUCAGCUGAGGGACGUCGAAGAGCGGCCUCUACCUGUGGCUCCCACCUCACUGCGGUAGCUAUGCUCUAUGGGACACUCAUUUUCAUGUACCUGCGUCCCAGCUCCAGCUAUGCCCUGGAUACCGACAAGAUGGCAUCUGUGUUCUACACCCUGGUCAUCCCUGCUCUCAAUCCACUCAUUUACAGCCUACGAAACAAAGAAGUGAAGGAAGCCCUCCGGAGGACCUGGAGUCGAUUCUGCUGCAGGGGGCAGGGGCACUCCUGA